GGCUAUUACAACUGGCUUUCCUCUGUGUGCUCAAUUUGCCCGCCAGUGGUAAUAAACCUGAGGGUGGAGGAUCUCCACAAGUACCCGGUGUGUUGCCCUCUCUCGGUAGGUUUGUCUUCUUGCUCUGCUCCUCUGCAGCAGACGCGCCGGAGCUGGAUGUGUGGACACUUGCUGCUGCUGCUGCUGCUGCUGCUGCGCUUCUCUUAAUGAUCCGGAGGAGCAGGAGAAGUGAGGAGAAGGAGAAUCACUGGGAGGCACAUGGCUCGAUGACAUGAUGUUCCUGCCCUUCUCCCCUCCCCCGUCCACCUCUCUCUUCCCCAUUUUCCUUCUACUCCUCCUUUUCCUCCCUCCAUCCCUCGUCUCCUCUUCUCUCUCCCACACCCCAUUGAGCUGGACUUCGCCUCACGACCCCUGCUACUACCUAGACGGCCGCCCGCGGCACUGCCUGUCAGAGUUCAUCAACGCUGCCUAUGGCAUCCCGGCCAAUGCCAGCCACUCUCUACAAGGCUCCGAUUAUGACAGCAACAUCACCACCCUGACGGACCUCCACAACCCCCACAACCUCACCUGCUGGAUGGCUCGUGGAGGUGCGGACGCUGGAGACUGGAUCAUCACGCUACCUCUGGGCCGCCGCUUUGAGAUCACAUACAUAAGUUUGCAGUUUUGCCAACAGGGGGAGCCGUCGGACCCUAUUUCGAUCUCCAUCCUCAAGUCGAUGGACUAUGGGCGCACCUGGAGGCCGAUGCAGCACUACUCCAGCGACUGCUUGGGAAACUUUGGGAUGCCCUCGCAGACGGUGGCUCAGACGAGACACCAAGAGACAGAGCCGCUCUGCUCAGACCCUCGACCCCUGCAGAAGCAGAGAGGCGGCAUGGUGUUGGCCUUCUCCACCCUGGAUGGACGGCCAUCCUCGCCUGAUUUUGACUACAGCCACACCCUACAGGACUGGGUGACGGCCACGGAUAUCCGUGUGGUCUUCCACCAUGUGUCUAAAGACGCCAAAGUGGGUACACCAGAUAAGAAAGAGGAAGUGCGAUGGCGUGACAGUGCAGAGGAAGAUAGAGGGACUGGACUUCUGAGGUGGAGAUCGGGCUCCAAGGGUCGCACUGGAGGUCAGGACAAGUUAAACACAGAAAACACACUGGCAUUUUUUGAGAGAGAGAUUAAAAACUCAGACAUAAGGGGGAGGCACAAAGUGGACAAACAUGGACGGAAGGGACAUUAUAAAGGGUCAGAUCAAGACGAAGAUGGACACAAUGUGACCAGCAAGGAAGGAGGGGACAGUUUCAGCAUGCUCACUUCCUCAAAGAAAGGUGGGAGAGCCAGAGGGCGUGGCCGCAAGAAGGAAAACAACCACUGGCUGCCUUGCCCUGUUGGAGGUUGUAAUUGGACGGUUGAGGGGCGGAGCAGGAACAACAAGGGGCGGGAACUGAGGAAGAGGAGGAACAAUAAUCUCAAUGCGAAACAAAGCUCCAGGAAUCUGCAGGCGGCCCCGCCCUCUGCCCUCCGAGCUGCCCUGGCUCUCUCAGACAUACAAGUCGGCGGCAGGUGUAAAUGUAACGGACACGCUUCCAAGUGUCGCCGUGACGACGCAGGCCAGGCUGUGUGUGUGUGCGAGCAUCACACAGCAGGGCCAGACUGUGAUGUAUGCGAGGAUUUCUUCUGUGAUAGGCCGUGGCAUCGAGCUACACCCACGCACCCAAACCCUUGUGUUGCCUGUGAAUGUAACGGCCACUCCCACAAGUGUCGCUUCAGCAUGGAGGUGUUUCAGCAGUCGGGCCGGCGCAGCGGAGGUGUGUGUCAGAAGUGUCGCCACCACACGGCCGGACGCCACUGCCAGUACUGCCAGAACGGGUACACCCGCGACCACAGCAAGCCGUUGAACCACCGCAAGGCCUGCCAACCGUGUCAGUGCCAUCCUUUGGGAGCAGUGGGUCGCUGGUGUAACCAGACAUCAGGUCAGUGUCUGUGUCGUGAAGGGGUGACCGGCCUCAGGUGUAACCGCUGUGCCCCGGGAUACAAACAGGGCAAGUCCCCUCUGCGGCCCUGCAUACGAAUUCAAGAGGUUGCUCCGACCCCAGUUUACCAACCUCAGUACAGCAUAGCGGAGGAGUGUGUUUCAUACUGCCAGCCCUCUCAGGUUAAAGUCAGGAUGAACUUGGAGACCUAUUGUCUCAAGGACUUCGUGCUGAAGGUGCAGGUGAGAGGGAUGGAGCGUUCAGGUCCCUGGUGGCAGUUCUCCAUCUCCGUCCAGACCGUCUUCCGCACAGCAUCCACCUCCCGCGUCCGCAGGGGCCCCCAGUCCCUCUGGGUCCCCGACCGGGACCUCAGCUGCGGCUGCCCCGCCCUCCACGUGGGCCGGACCUUCCUCCUGAUCGGUGCGGAGGAGGGGGAGCGGGGCUGGGGCCCUGAGGAGAGUCGGCUGGUGGCGGACCGCUCCACUCUGGCCCUCCAGUGGCGGGAACACUGGAGCCCCAAACUGAGGGGCUUCCGGGGGCAGGACAAGAGGGGCCGCUGCCCGGCAAAAUCCCCCAACAGCCACCAGCACCAUCACAGGGAGCACACAAAGCCCCAGUCUGGGUACAUCCCCCCUCACCUGCGGACUGAGACGCACACGGAGCCUCACAGUGAGGACACAGUGGAGGACACUCAAACGUCAGUGAUGCCGCACACACACUCUCACACAGACAGUGAGGUCACACCCACAGAGGCGACCCCCUCGCCUGCUACACCUGCUCUGGUGUGCUCUACUCCGGGUCCUGGAUGAACGACAGAAACCACAUGCCUCUGCAGAGGUGCAAGAACUACAAGCAGAGGAAAAAGCUCUUUCUUUUCAGACUCUUCAUUUACAGUUUUUCCUGAACGUUACAGGAGAAUCAGACGUGACUUUGCUUCCCCAGAAACACAGAAACACAUAAAUAUGGAAGCCCAUUUCUGCCAGUGUGAUUAUUAAAGUAAGAUCCCACAAGUCAUGAUGAGAAACUUUCCCAAAGUCACGAGAUAGUGUGAGAUAGUGAGAAUAUUUUUCAGACACUUACUCGUCAUUUUGAGGAAGUUUCACAUUAUUUUUUUAAAAAAGCUUUGGUGAGAGGAACCAUCUUGCUGUGAGCCGAUAAUGCUAACCACUGUACCACCAUGCCACCCAUCAUCAUACUAACUAAAAUUUUCUUGUGUCUCAAAUCACAUACUUCUGUUAGUACACUUCCAUGUAGCAUACUAUGUGCACUAUGUACUUAUUGGCGUAGUGCGCAAACUUUUCGACAGGGUAGUGUUGUC